AUGGCUCCUACCAGAGAAAGAAGAUGGUGGACGAGCCAAGAAGAUGACAUACUCAAACGAGAGGUGCAGGGAAAAAGUACCAACCCCAUCUCCCCCCUUGUUACGCGUGCUGCCAAAUCUAACAAAGAUCUCCAUCUCCCAGUGCGCCAAGGCGGGAGCGUCCAAAACUGGAACGACAUCGCCAUGUCAUUACCGGGCCGUACCAACAAGGACUGCCGCAAGCGGUGGGCAAAGAUCCAAGUCGAUAUUCGAAAAGGUGCUUGGACACAAGAAGAAGACGAGAGGUUGCAGAAGGCCGUGGUGCAACUCGGGUGCAAGUUGGUUCACCCCACGCUUCCCUACUACCCAUUUCUUGGAUGGUCACAAGUAGGGGCCAUGGUUCAAAGUAGAAAUGCCGACCAAUGCGCGAAACGUUGGCAACAUGUAUUGGGACCCGACGUUAAGCAUUGUUCAUGGACCCCCGAGGAGGACAAGAAGUUGUUGGACGCGAUGGGCAAGUUUGGAAACAACUGGAAGCAGAUUGGUCUUACCGAGCUGCCGGAUCGUUCCACCCACGAUCUACGCAACAGGCAAGUCGAAAAGAGUCUCAUUCUCGGCCGCAGAAGUCGACAUGCACAAGCUAAUGACUCGAAUUCCUCUUCACGGUCAUUACCGGAGACCCAUGACGAGGAAAUGGCCAGCAGUAGUCCUGACGUUAAUGAUGAGGACGAGAGUUGCGAGGGUGACGGUGACGACGGAUUUGAUGAAGGUUCCGAGUGCGAAAUGACCGACUCAAGCGGAAAUCAGAAGCAUCAGCUCGUGAUGGACAUGAGUCUCCUGUCCGAAGAACCAGUGGAGGCAACAGAACUCGGGCCCACGUCUACGAUCAUACCAGACUACCGUCACUCAGACACAUUCUUGGCAGUACCCGCUCUGGAGUUGCCAGGUACUACUUUCGACAUGUUCGACCCGAGCUGCAUAGGCACCUCAGAUCACUCAUCGGGGAAUUCGGCUAUUCAAACUCCGGAUAGCGAUUGGAUGUCUUGGCUCAAUUCGCUUGAGAAUGACACCUCAGUUUCGCUGGAAUCCCGGCCCUCAUGGUGGGAUGAAGGUCCCACUGAUCAAAGUUACUUUCAUGACUCCAGCUAUGGAAGUUUUGAUGUCAACACGGCUGGUAUUUCGGAUACUAUUCAUAUCUCAAGAGCAAGGAAACGUGUCAAAGGCGAGGCUUCUCCAAGAGCUUCUCUCGGGUCAGUGACUCGCGCUGAGAACCCAUCGAAGGACAAUGGACAGAUGGGUCUUGUCACUUUGUCUCUGGACCAAGUAGACCCGAUAAUCGCCAACGAGAUAAUAGGAAGCGUCAUGAAGCACAGCGCUGGUCUCAAGAUCAACUGUACCGUCAAUAAUCACCCAUAA